AUGUCGACGUGCGCGGCGGACCUGGCGCCGCUGCUGGGGACGGCAGCGACCAAUGCGACGGAGUACCUGUGCAACAGGUUCGCCGACACCACCUUGGCGGUGGACACCACGUACCUGCUCUUCUCGGCCUACCUCGUCUUCGCCAUGCAGCUCGGCUUCGCCAUGCUCUGCGCGGGCUCCGUGAGGGCGAAGAACACCAUGAACAUCAUGCUCACCAACGUCCUCGACGCCGCUGCCGGGGCCCUCUUCUACUACCUCUUCGGCUUCGCCUUCGCCUUCGGGACUCCCUCCAACGGCUUCAUCGGGAAGCAGUUCUUCGGACUCCAGAACGUACCGGAGGUCGGCUUUGACUACAGCUUCUUCCUCUUCCAGUGGGCCUUCGCAAUUGCCGCCGCCGGCAUUACGUCGGGCUCCAUCGCCGAGAGGACGCAGUUCGUGUCCUAUCUCAUCUACUCGGCGUUCCUCACUGGAUUCGUCUACCCGGUGGUGUCCCACUGGAUCUGGUCCGCCGACGGGUGGGCAUCCGCGACCCGCACCUCCGGCCCGCUGCUCUUCAAGUCCGGCGUCAUCGACUUCGCCGGCUCCGGCGUCGUGCACAUGGUCGGUGGCAUCGCCGGGUUCUGGGGAGCGCUCAUCGAGGGGCCUCGCAUCGGCCGGUUCGACCACACGGGCCGCUCGGUGGCGCUCAGGGGUCACAGCGCGACACUCGUGGUGCUCGGGACCUUCUUGUUGUGGUUCGGCUGGUUCGGGUUCAACCCAGGGUCCUUUGUCACCAUCCUCAAAUCGUACGGCCCCCCCGGCAGCAUGAACGGGCAGUGGUCGGCCGUGGGCCGCACCGGCGUGACGACGACUCUCGCCGGCAGCGUUGCCGCGCUCACCACGCUGUUCGCGAAGCGUCUCCAGACGGGGCACUGGAACGUGACGGACGUCUGCAACGGCAUGCUCGGCGGGUUCGCCGCCAUCACCGCCGGCUGCAGCGUGGUUGACCCGUGGGCCGCAGUCAUCUGCGGGUUCGUGUCGGCGUGGGUGCUCAUGGGCUUCAACGCUCUCGCCGCUCGAUUCAAGUACGACGACCCUCUCGAGGCGGCGCAGCUCCACGGCGGCUGCGGCGCGUGGGGGAUCAUCUUCACGGCGCUCUUCGCCAAGCAGAAGUACGUGGAGCAGAUCUACGGCGAGGGCAGGCCGUACGGGCUCUUCAUGGGCGGCGGCGGAAGGCUGCUCGCCGCGCACGUCGUGCAGAUCCUUGUCAUCGCCGGGUUCGUCUCCUUCACCAUGGGCCCGCUCUUCUUGGCGCUCGACAAGCUCGGCUUGCUCCGUAUCACGGCCGAACAAGAGUUGGCCGGCAUGGACAUGACCCGGCACGGCGGCUCCGCGUACGUCUACCAUGACGACGACGAAACCGACAGGACCACUCCUCCUGGGUUUAUGCUCAGGUCGGCGCUGUCGCGCUCUCCCGGCGAGCCGCCAAAAUCGGAGGCGGCGCCGGCAAACAACCAGGUGUGA